AUGGCGGCGCCGGUUCGCCUGGGCCGGAAGCGCCCGUUGCCGGUCUGCCCCAACCCGCUCUUCGUGCGCUGGCUGACCGAAUGGCGGGACGAGGCGACCAGCAGGGGGCGCCGCACUCGCUUCGUGUUUCAGAAGGCGCUGCGCUCCCUCCGGCGGUACCCGCUGCCCCUGCGCAGCGGGAAGGAAGCCAAGAUCCUCCAGCACUUCGGAGACGGGCUCUGCCGGAUGCUGGACGAGCGGCUGCAGCAGCAUCGAGCCUCGGGCGGUGAUCAUGCCGCGGUCUCAUCACCUGCAGAGAAGAGUUCAGUCCCACGUGGCGAAGCUCAGGACCCUUCCCUGCCCGCUCUAUCCCGGCCCAAAGCCAGAGGUCCUGGCAGCUACUGGCCGGCCCGGCACUCAGGAGCCCGAGCUGUGUUGCUCCUGCUCUACCGCGAGCACCUGAAUCCUAGUGGCUGCAGCUUCCUGACUAAGGAGGAACUGCUUCAAAGAUGUGCCCAUGGGGCCCCCACGGUGACCGUGAGGAGUACUCAGCCUUGGCCAGCCCUCCGAACCCUCCUCCACCGGAACCUUAUCCUCAGAACACACCAGCCAGCCAGGUACUCACUCACCCCGGAGGGUCUGGAGCUGGCCCAGAAGCUGGCCGAGUCGGAGGGCCUGAACACGCUGGAUGUGGGCACAGGGCCCAAGGAGCCCCCCGGGGAGGAGCCAGCAGUGCCAGGAGCAACCUCAGCUGAGCCCACCAGUGAAGCGGGCAUCCAGCAGCCACCCAUGGAGCUGGGGCCCGGCGAGUACAGGGUGCUGCUGUGUGUGGAUGUCAGCGAGGCCACGGGGGCUGGGCACAGGCCGGAGCUGCUACGAGAGCUGCAGCGGCUGCACGUGAACUAUAUGGUCCGCAAGCUGCAUGUUGGGGACUUUGUGUGGGUAGCACGGGAGACCAGCCCCAGAGAUCCUGCGAGGCCUGGCGAGCUCGUGCUGGACCACAUUGUGGAGCGCAAGCGGCUGGACGACCUGUGCAGCAGCAUCAUCGACGGCCGCUUCCGAGAGCAGAAGUUCCGGCUGAAGCGCUGCGGCCUGGAGCGCCGGGUCUACCUGGUGGAGGAACACGGCUCCGUGCACAACCUCAGCCUCCCUGAGAGCACCCUGCUGCAGGCUGUCACUAACACUCAGGUCAUCGACGGCUUCUUUGUGAAGCGCACGGCAGACAUUAAGGAGACAGCUGCCUACCUGGCACUCCUGACACGGGGCCUGCAGAGACUCUACGAGGGACAUACCCUACGCAGCCGCCCCUGGGGAACCCCCGGGGACCGUGAGCCAGGGGCCAGGCCCACCCCAAACCCUCUCUGCUCACUCCUCACCUUCAGUGACUUCAACGCAGGAGCCAUUAAGAACAAGGCCCAAUCUGUCAGGGAGGUGUUUGCACGUCAGCUGAUGCAGGUUCGAGGAGUGAGUGGGGAGAAGGCGGCAGCUCUGGUGGAUCGGUACAGCACCCCUGCCAGCCUCCUGGCCGCCUAUGAUGCCUGUGCCACGCCCAAGGAGCAGGAGAUGCUGCUGAGCACCAUCAAGUGUGGGCGGCUGCAGAGAAAUCUGGGACCCGCUCUGAGCAGGACCUUGUCCCAGCUCUACUGCAGUUGCAGUCCUCUGACCUGA